UUCAGAAACUGACGAGCCUUCUCUGGAUUGUGGUGAAAUCUGUAGCUAUGAGGUGAAAGUUGAAGAGAAGAGGAAAUACUAUCCGUAUAUCCGGAAAACCGUCAAAUGUGGUUCAAUAAUGAAACGUAUGGCACUUAAUCCAGCAACUCCAGAGAUACCACCAAAGAAAAUCCCAGCAGAAUUAUAUGAUGAGUUUACCCAAAAUGGGGAGCUUCCUAAUAAAAAUUAUUGGUAUAUUAAUGACAAGAAAAAGAUUUCACGUGUCAAUAGGCAGAAACAUUUUACAAAGGACGCAAUUGAACAACUAAUAAAAAACGACAAGGCAGGGAAAAUAAUUGGGACGUAUGACGUACUGGAACCUAAAAAGUCAAUAACCGCAUAUAAAAAUGAAAUAAGUAACAAUCGUGGAGUUGUGAUUGGAUCCCAAUCACCCUGGCUUGAAGCAUUGGCCUUAUCUGCUGGUGCAAAACACAUGACAACACUUGAAUAUAACAAUAAUCCGUUCCUUCAUCCUAACAUAACCAAAAUCCACCCAUAUGAUAUGGCAAAAAUAUACGCAAAUAGUAGUUUUCAAGAGUUCGAUUUUGCAUUAUCGUAUUCAUCAAUUGAACAUUCUGGAUUAGGUCGCUAUGGAGACCCUCUGAAUCCAUAUGGAGAUCUUGAAGCAGUUGCGCAAGUUUGGUGCAUGCUCAAACCAGGGGGAUUAUUUAUUCUUGGACUUCCAGAGACACAUAAUGAGACAUCUUAUUUGCAGUUUAAUGCUAUGAGGAGGUAUGGUCAUAGUAGACUCAAACAUUUAACUGCAAAUUUUGAGGUUAUUGAUCGUUUUAUUGGAUACGAACGAUAUGAUCUUCAGGGUAUUUGGGUUUUAAGAAAAUCACAAUGA